UUGAUACAGUCCUCAGCAGACGUUUGACAAAGAAAAUGUAAUCCAGGUUUAGAUCAAGUUUUCAAUCAACUUUUCACAAACUUUGGAACGUCUCCGUGCUCUUUACUUUCAUUUAAAUCAGUCAAAAAUGGAGUGGAAACACUUGCUUGUUUAUACUUCUCUAUCCGAAAUCAUUUUAUUCGCGUGUUUUUUCUUGUUCAGUUGACUCAAAUAAAGGUAAUUCUGCGACAAGUGCGUGCUGAUAAUUCAAAGACUAGAUCAAAAGAGAAGUACCAUACCUCCAUUUUAUGGAUGCAAAAAAGUAUACAGUCACCGUGGAACGGAAUGAUUUAUGGAAUCAUACACAUCAUCAAAAAAUAAACAAAUUAAGAGUAAUUUUGUACCUUUGUACGAAUAUUCAUUAUUGAACUCGCUGUCAAAACCAAAAUAUCAUGUGCUGACGUGCAUUCUUUUCUCCAAAAAUAUUUCAAUAUUUUCAACUCUAAAAUUUAUAAAUGGAAGGGACGGCAAACUUUCCAUUUUGAUCCCUAUUAACAUGUAAGAAAAACCGAUGAAUUGUCAUAUUUUCUUCUUGAAAGUGCAUUUUUCUAUCAAGGGAUUAUCGAAAUAAAUUAUUUUAUGUGCUUACUGUUGAAAAAUCUAAUCGGCACAGCUUGAUUUGAAGCAAGAAAUUGUACUUUAAUUUAACCUCAUGAUAAAUAAUCACAAAAUAAGGAAUAAUAGUAUCCGUAUUUUGUGUAUACUAAUAGUUUGGAAUGCUUCGACCGCACGGACCAAUCCGACCACCACACACACACAAAUAAAAACAACGGAGCCAGUUUCAACUUCAGAGGAUUCACGGGAUAAGCUAUGGGUGACGCUGAAGCCAAAAAAACUCCGUACGCCGAAGCCACCAAAAACAACGACGGAGCCUGUAUAUUACGAGCACGCCUCCGACAUGGUAAACGAAUAUGAAGACUAUGAUCCCUUGACUGAAAGCCCGUAUAAUGGAAUCGAUUAUCGUGAGCAACUCGUCAAGCACCACGUCGUACCUGAUUUUAUUUCAGUCGUCCCUAUAUAUACCCUUUAGAGGUAUGGUAUAGUUCUCAGUUUUUGUAGCAACUAUUCUAGGUGGCGGUAGCCAC